CUCCCAGACAGUCGUGCGCAAAUUUCCUAGCAGCGCAUGCGUACAACGUAGCCUCCAGGGAAAAUUUAAAAAAAAAAAAAAAGACUACAAACUCCACAGAAACCUGCGACGUCUCCUGCAAACGGCCGUAGUUAAAAACAACGAAGGAAUCCCAGCAGAAGGGAUAAACUCCACUGGGGCGUGGUAGUUCGUGAUCUCGCGCCUGUCGUUUGGGUCUCGGUCUGCAGACCCUUAGGACCACCGGGCUCCAGCGCAGCUAUGAACUUGGAGCGGGUGUCCAAUGAGGAGAAGUUGAAUCUGUGCCGGAAGUACUAUCUUGGUGGUUUUGCAUUCCUGCCUUUUCUUUGGUUGGUCAACAUUUUCUGGUUCUUCAGAGAGGCCUUCCUCGCCCCAGCCUACACAGAGCAGAGCCAAAUCAAAGGCUAUGUUUGGCGCUCAGCUGUGGGCUUCCUCUUCUGGGUAAUUGUUCUCACCACCUGGAUCACCAUCUUCCAGAUCUACCGGCCCCGCUGGGGUGCUCUUGGGGACUACCUUUCCUUCACCAUUCCCCUGGGAACCCCCUUACAACCUCACAAGCUGGCAAGCUGGCGGUCUGUUCUUUCUCCCAGGAUGGGCUUCUCUGCGCUAAGCUUUUUCUCAAACCCUGAAGACUGUCCCCCAUUUCCCAUCUGCCCCAAUAAAUGACCCUAACUUUAAA